GGCGCAGCCGUGACGUCUCCAGUCAUCUGUGUUGGUGAUUACGUGUAUCUCACCUGCUAGCAGCAGCAGCAGCUAGCUGGUCAGACGAGACGGGGACGUCAUGAGCGGGGUUAUACCGACUGACACGACGGCAGCUGUCCGUUGAGUGGAGGCAGACCGAAGGCGACCGAAGUCACGGACUGAUACUUUACGGAGCUAAUAUGCAGUAGCAGGAUGGAGUUACCAGUACAAGUUUGUCUUGAGUGGUUCUGCAUGAGGACGCAGCUCUGUUUCGAACCUCACAACAAGGAGCGGGAAGCCACUACACAAACUUCCAAUUGCACUCGGAAAGACACACUUUAAAGACAGACAUGUUUGCCAAGUUGAAGAAGAAGCUCGCAGAGGAGGCGGCCACAGCACCUCGGAGUGGUGUUCGUAUACCGCGCACCAUCAGCAAGGAAUCCAUCACCUCAGUGGGGGCAGACUCGGGAGAUGACUUUGCAUCUGAUGGCAGCAGCUCCAGGGACGACCUGCCCACCCAGCUUCUCAGAAGGAAUGAUCAGAUCCGGAAGCUGGAGGCCAAGCUCUCAGACUAUGCUGAGCAGCUGCGAAUUAUGCAGACGACCAAGGAGAAGCUUGAAAUUGCAUUAGAAAAGCAUCAGGAUUCGUCUAUAAAGAAACUUCAAGACCAGAACGAGUCUCACCAGGCCAGCAGAGCCAAAAUGGCAGACGGGAUGGCUUUAGCACUGGAAAAGAAGGACCAGGAAUGGAUGGAGAAGGUGACAGACGUGGAAAAGGAGAAGGCGUCCCUGUCAGCCAGGGUAGAGGACAUGAUGGCGCAAAGCUUAGCACUCUUCCAGAAAAGGGAUGACCUGGAUGAACUGGAGGGCUUUCAGCAGCAGGAGAUGGCUAAAGUUAAACAUAUGCUGCUGAAGGAGGAGGAGCAGCUGAGCCAGCGGGACCUGGAGCUCCAGCAAAAGGAGGCUGAAAUUCAGUCGGCGAAGCAAGGGCUGUUGGAGGCUCAAGGGAAACUCCAAACUCUGGAACAGCAGCAUGAGGAGAGCUGCAGUCUCAACUCUGAGCUUGAGAUAGAGCGAGAGGAACUGCUGCUGCUCAGAGAGGAGGCCGAGCAGAAGAUCAAUGAGCUGCAGUCGGUCGUCCAGCAGGUCUCUGAAGACUUCCAGAAGUCACAGAGUAUGGUGUUGACUUUAGAGAAGUCCCUCAAGGAAUUACGGACUGAGCACGACGCCCUGAAGUUGCAGCAACAAAAGGCUGCUGUAACAGAGGUGGACAAGGAGCGCUCGUUAUUGGACCUUCAGAAGAAAGUGGCGUCUCUGGAGAGACGGCUCCAGGGGAACCUGAGCCAGGACGAGCAUCUACAGGAGCUUCUCCAGGAGAAGUCCAGCCUGGAGAAGAGUCUGGAAGAGACCAGAGCAGAGCUGCUGGAGGUUCGGACAAACCAUGCUGAUACUGUCAGCUCUCUGGAGACUCAGGUAUCCAGAAUGAGCUGCAGCAUCACUGAGCUGCAGACACUUCUCCGACACAAAGACGACUCCUCCAGAGCCUACAAAGAGAGAACAGACACACAAAUAGCUCAUUUGGAGCAGAACGUCGUCGAGAGUGGUGAGAGACUGAAGAGUGCAGAGCAUCAGCUCACAGAGAAGCUGCAGCAUGUGGAUAAACUGCAAGCAGAGUGGAGUGCAGAGAAGGCCUUUCUGGAUCAGCAGGUGUGUUUGUUAGAGCAGCAGAGUCAGGAGAAGGCCCGCCGCAUGGAGGAAAGCAUCACCUCUUUACAGACGGAAAGACAGAGGCUGCAUGGCAGACUGGGUGAUCUGGAUAAGCAGAGGGACGAGGUAACCUCCACUCUCAGCCAGAGGACUGAAGAGCUGGAACAGAGCAGGGUGGAGCUAAAGAGUCGGCAGACAGUCAGCACGGAAAUUGCCAAAGCUCUAGAAGACAGCAGACGACAGAAGGAGGAGCUUCAAACACGGGUGGGAGAGCUGACCUCAUCGCUACAGACCUCACAGCAGGAACUGUCCACGGUCACUGAGAAGCUAGCACUGACGGGGGAAGACGUCAAAACACUUCAGAAUGAUGUGCAGUGUCGGCAGGCAUCACUGGUCCAGCUGCAGGAGAAGGGAGAGCAGAUGGAGCUGGACAAAGAGUCCCAGCUGAGCCGCCUGAGGGAGGAACUGCUCAGCCAGACACAGCAGCUCGAUAGCUGCCAGGCGCGGAUCUCGUACCUGGAGGUUGAGGUGGAAACCUUGACGGAACAGCUCCACACGCCUGAAGUGUGUGAGGAGGAUCAGAACGGCAGUGUGACGGUGGAUGAUCUGGAUCACAUUCAGAAGGUCAACAGAGAGCUUGAGCAGCAGCUCUCCGACAAGAACAGGAUCAUCAAGCAGCUGCAGCAGAGACUGGCGGAACUGAAGAGGACGCUGCAGAAGGAACUGAAGCUAAAGCCUGAGUCGGAAGCUGAAGGGAAGGAGAAGUUCCCAGAAAACCGAGAGAGGGUUUUUCCAGACCCACUGCCAGCUUCUACCAUGGGCCCCCCGACCUCCAACACCCUGGUGACCAACACCUCGGACCUCAACGACUCACGAGAAAUCAAUUUUGAGUAUCUCAAACACGUUGUUCUCAAAUUUAUGUCAUCCAGAGAGGCUGAGGCAUUCCAACUAAUACGAGCUGUAUCUGUGCUGCUAAACUUCACUCGGGAAGAAGAGGACAUGUUGAAACAAACUCUGGAGUACAAGAUGUCCUGGUUUGGAUCCAAGCCUUCUCCAAAGGGUACCAUCCGCCCCUCAGUCUCAGGCACCUCGCCUCAGUGGAGCUGAUGAGCAGCAGGAAGAGCUGAAAUGUUGGAGAUAUGGGAACCAAAGGAUCUCUCUAGAUGUCCACGUUGAGCAGCCUGCUCUGUGUGGUGGACUGUCGUGUUCUGCUCUGUGGGGACAGAGAAGGGCCUUUUAACUGACAUUAUUUCUUUCUCUGUGGUUAAGGCAGACGUUUGGCCAUAUGUUAUAGAGGGUAAACUUGCACACAUUCACACUGGAAUUUUGAGAGUCCAAUUUUUCUUCCCUGACAUAUGUCAAAAACAUGUUUUCAAUUCUGCGAAAACAGCAAAAAGUGAGUUAGCAUGUCAGAAAAUGAGACCUAGCAUAUGAACGAAAUAACGGCUCAUUUGUCCCGUCUGUUUUAAACAAACAACAAUCUGACUUGAAAUGUCUUCUUUGGACAAAUGGUGCAGCAUUGAUUGCUGAAGGACCUUUUAGCGUGUUACCUGGCUAAUCUUUAUAUUUAAAUCAGAGGGCUUCUCAAUGAAAGGGGCUGGUACAGGGUGCCACAGCUGGUUUGGUGUCGGUAGCAGUGAGACUUUAAUAGAACCUUCAAAUGGUUCACAUUUGUGCCGGAAGGAUCUAAAUUGGUCUCCAUAGGCUUGAAGCCUGUGCAGACCUUGGUGAUGGCGUUGGAGGGAAUGUGUGAUGACUAUGUUCUGAUGGCCAAGGAAUGCAGUUGGUAUAGGAUCAUUUUACAAAGCUCCGAGCACAAUCGAGGAAAUCCAUUCCCGGUUGGAUUUUACGUCCAACGGUACGAAUUCAAAAAUGUUCUUUUUGGGAUUGAUGAUAAGUCGUGAUUUAAUUGUGUUGAAUUUUAAAUCUUCAAAUGUAAGUUGGGGGUGGAGGUUUUAACAAAACCUCCUUUGGUUUUAUUUCUCUUCCAAAUGACAUUUUCUUCAAAUUUCUUCACACUCUGGUUCCACUUUUCAAAGCGACCUCUGGCGUCCAUCACUCAGGACGCUUUAACUGUCAAGUCUGGACGCUCAGAGAUUGGAUCUUGCUCUCAUCGGGAUCCGAUCAACCGGACCACGUGCCGAGGUGGCCUGGCUCACAUUGAGUUCAGAUCUCAGUGAGGUGUGGACAUCAUGUGGACACAAUCCAGACCACAAAGGGAAGGCCUGCUGUCAAAGUCCUGUUCCAGGAUUUGGCUGCUUCAAAAUAAAUGAUUUUAAUGAACAGAAUAUCUGGGGACUUCUAGAGUGAAGAAAUUAUUGGAAAAUGUAUUUUAUCAGCAAAGCGUUGUUAGCGGCUAUCCUGCAAUAAAAACCAGUCCACUAAUACUGUACGUAGGAAGAGUAAGCAGCACAAAUAAUGUGGGACUUUUAUUGUGAAGAAUUUAUAGGAAAUGCAUUGUAUUUAUCCAUGUUUUACAGCCACUCCUUUGACCAUGAAAGGUAUCAGGCCAGGCAGGUUGCAUUGAGGUGUAUUAAACAGACUGAGAUGGUCUGGUACAGAUUGUUUAGGCUCAUACAAGUAUUGCAGAAUAAUAAAUACAGAGUAAAAAUA